CCGAGCCGAGGGGAUGGACUGGUACGCGUGGCUGUGCCGGGCGGGGCUGCACCCGGACGUGGCGCUCGACUACGCGCUCCUCUUCGCGCGCAACGAGCUCGGCGCCGACGACGUGCGCCACCUCGACCACGAGGUCCUCACCUCCAUGGGCGUCGCCGUCGCCAAGCACCGCAUCGAGAUCCUCAAGCUCGCCAGGAAGGAGUCCUCCUCCCGCGCCGCCGUCACCGCCCUUCCGUGGCGCGCCACCCGGCUGCUCGCCGCGGCCGUGCGCCGCUCCGCGCGGUCCGCGCUUGGCCGGCUCCGCGCCUCCGUGUCGUCUGCGGCGUCCCGCGGCCUGGACCGAGCGCGGGGGAGCGGCAGGGACCGGGCCGCCGCUGCCGUCCACGCCCUCGCCACGCCGGGCCGGGCGCCGCUCCCCGCGCGGCACCGCGGCGGGAGGGCCGCGCGCGGCUGGGGCUGGGGCGCGAUCGUCGCGUCGCCCGUGGCGGCGGCGCGCGGCGGGAAGCCGCCGCUGCCGCUGCCGAUGGUGCUGGCGCAGGUCAGCAGGCCCGUCGUGCUCACCAGCAGCUGCGCGGCGACGGUCAAGGCGCUGCCCGCGCCGCCCGGCCCCGUCGCGUCCGUCGUCGCAGCCGACGACGGGCACGGCGAGGAGGAGUCCGACGGCGACGGGGAGGGGGAGAUGGACGGCGGCGAGGAGAUGCGGUGGGAGUCCAUGUUCCAGGAUCUCAAGCCCACUUAGUCGAGCCACGCGUGCCAAGUUCGCCCCGCACCUGUGUGAGUCUGCGACCCGCCUGUC